UUUGAGCGUCUCAUCUUCUCUAGAGAAGCGAAACUCGAACGGAUAGAGCAGAUGGUCCAACUACAUAACUUUUUAUUUUUCAUUACUUCUAUGGUCGUGCCUCGUGGCACGGCAGCACCCUUACUAUUGAAAUGGUUCGUCAGUAGAGAUGUUCCCAUUGGUGCCCCUUUUUCCAAUGGGACUAUAAUUCCUAUUCUUAUCCCUUCAUUCCCUCUUUUGGUCUAUCUACAUUCCAGGAAAUUCAUACGCUCCAUGGACGAAGCAAAAAGUGGAGUCUUGGUCAGAGCAAGCUGCCCUAUUCUAUUACCAGACAUAAUUGGGAGAAGCUCAUCCGAAACUAGAGUUGGAAAUGCCUCAUUUCGUUUCGUUCCCGUUCUUCAUUUCCUUCUUAUCGAAUCCAAGGGGGACUUCUCAAAUUUAGAAUCUUUCUGCGGUGUGUUAUGUUUACUAUUCUUUCGUACUCUCUUUUCUUUACCACGCGAUAGGUCAACAAAGCGUGAGCGGGCGCGGAGAAGGAAACGCCAAACACUUCGGCCUAAGCCUAACGGGAAUGAGCAACAACGAAAUGACAAGAUGGGGUGCUCCGGGCACCAGUUAGAAAGAAGGGUCGAAGGUUUUUGGCCUGUAGCUUUCCCCGUCCCCCCUUCGUCGGGUGGUGCUUGUGUGGGAGGUGUGCCACCUGAACCUAAAAUCGGGCUUGAAGCUCUCGCCUUACCAACGAGCCGCCCGCUGAUGGCUGUUGCUCACGACUACCACCAAAAAGCUCCAAUGAAGAUGAAUAUUUCACAUUUUGGAGUGUGCAUUUGUAUGUUGGGUGUUCUUCUGUCAACUAACACAAAGAAGAUACAGUUCACUCAACGAUUGCCUUUGGGUUCCGAACUUCAUAUGGGGAAGGAGUAUUGUUGUUUCCGAGGUCUCGAUCAUUUACAUGGACCCACUUCUCAUUCCAUUUGUGGGAAUUUGAUGAUCUAUAAACCGUCCCUAACGAAUGAUCGUCUCAAGUUUGAGCAUGAUGAAUCACUUCGUGCCGACCUGUUGCCAAUAAACUUUCCGGCCUCAUAUGAGAAUGGAAAACUGGAGAAUUUUCUGCAUCAGUGGAUGAAAAAUCACGAACAUAAUAAUUUUUUGUUGAUCAUGUUCCAAGAAAAAAGAUACUUUAGAGAAACAACGAGCAUGACUGAAGUGGCUAUACAUACAAAUCCAUUUACGGAUAGAUAUGCUUCGAUUGGAACUGGAAGUUCCAGAACAGGCGGCUGGUAUACCACCAUAAUGAAACUGCCUUUUCUUUUUUUUAUUCGGAUAGGAUUUAUGUUGGCUUCGUCGGGAGGCUCGCGUAGUUUGUUACGUCAGCUCCAAAAGGAUGAGUUGCAUUGGAAUCGAGAAAGUUCCGUGGAAUUCAAAAUUGCAUUAAUAAAGAAAAUAAAAGGAGUCUUCAACCCUCUCAAUCAAUAG